UCACUAUAAAUAUAUAGAGGGACAAUCCUCAUUUCCACGAGGUAGUAAUCUAAUUUAUCUGGUUCAAGCUUCAACUCAGAGCUAGCAAAUCAGUGAAACAGACUGUUAAUCGAAGAUGUCAGGUCGUGGAAAAGGAGGCAAGGGAUUGGGGAAGGGAGGAGCAAAGCGCCAUCGCAAGGUGCUUCGUGACAACAUCCAGGGCAUCACGAAGCCAGCCAUUCGUCGUUUGGCGAGAAGAGGCGGCGUGAAGCGUAUCAGUGGAUUGAUCUACGAAGAGACUCGUGGUGUGCUCAAGAUCUUCCUCGAGAACGUGAUCAGAGACGCCGUGACCUACACCGAGCACGCCCGCCGGAAGACGGUGACUGCCAUGGACGUGGUCUAUGCACUGAAGAGGCAGGGUCGCACUCUGUACGGGUUCGGUGGUUAGGGCUCGCGAUUUCAAAAGUCUUGCUGUCAAGAAGAAGAUAUGGGUUCGGUGUUAGGGUUAGGGCUUUUGUUUUGUUCCUGUAAUUACUAGUUUCUUCGUGCUCGUUUUGGUUCCUUCUUUGGGAUUGAAUUGCAUACCGAUGUAGCCAAAAAGGCUUUCCAUUGUAGAAUUUGAAUGAACCAUUUGAAGUUGGCUA